AUGGCUGGCCUCACGCGCUCGAGUCAGGCGUCCACCUCGGCGUCAACUCUCGAGAGCUUCCUCGAGUCUGCGACCGCCCUCGUUUCGCUCGCAAGCCAGACAACCCUACCAUCGGCGCCAACCACUGAUCGACCACCAAUACUGCGCGCUCGACCAUCAGUCACCACACGAGCCGGCUCGACCGCAGCAUCGGAUGCGUCCUUCACACCUACCGAACUUGCUCGCGCCAAAGCGUACCAACAGCUGCAUCACACCGAGUCUGCGCUCAACGCAUCCCCCGAUUCCGAUGUAGGAGAGACAGAAACCUCAUCUGCGCAGCAGACGAGGGACAACCACUCUGCACACGCACACGCACACGCGAAUCAUGCCUUCCUCAUCACCUACUUUGUUGCUGGUGGUGCGGCAGGUGCCACCUCUCGAACCGUCGUCUCCCCCCUCGAACGCCUCAAGAUCAUCAUGCAGGUUCAACCGCAAUCCUCCCGAUCUUCGGGCGUAACCUCUUCAGCAGGCAAAGCAAGAGCAGCACAGAACCGAGCGUACAACGGCGUCUGGACCGGUCUCGUCAAGAUGUGGCAGGAGGAAGGUUUCGCCGGCUUCAUGCGAGGCAAUGGAAUCAAUUGCUUGCGAAUCGCCCCUUACUCUGCCGUCCAGUUCACCACGUACGAGCUGUGCAAGACGUAUCUACGUCCAGAAGGGUCGGGCGAGCUGGAUGUUGUUCGCAAACUCACCGCUGGUGCCGUUGCAGGUAUCGCGAGUGUCGUCAGCACCUACCCGCUGGAUCUGGUCCGAUCCCGAAUCAGUAUCGCCAGCGCGAACAUGUACAACGAGGCCAAGGGCGAGGCUGUUUCCGCUGCAUCCAACGCAUCGUCUUCAACAAAAGCCGCUGCAGGAGGCGCCGAAAAGAUCUCUCAAGAUGUGCUCCGAAAGCAGAUCGAAGCGAGACAAAAAGCCGUUCCAGGAAUUUGGGCAAUGACCACUAAAGUCUAUCGCGAAGAAGGUGGUGUUCGCGGACUGUACCGAGGCUGCGUGCCCACUUCGAUCGGAGUUGCACCUUACGUAGCCCUGAACUUUCACUUUUACGAAGCUGCGCGCAAAAAGUUCUCUCCCGCCGAUGGAAGUGAACCUUCGGCGUUGCUCAAGCUCGCCUGCGGUGCGCUUGCAGGAAGCAUCUCACAGACUCUCACCUAUCCUCUCGACGUACUGCGCAGACGGAUGCAGGUAGCAGGAAUGAAGGAUAGCCAGGAAAAGCUGGGUUAUAAGGAUCGAAAUGCGAUCAAUGCGAUUCAAAACAUCAUCAAGGCGGAAGGUGUUACGGGAUUGUACAGAGGAUUGCUGCCGAAUUUGCUUAAGGUGGCUCCGAGUAUUGGAACUAGUUUCUUGACGUACGAGGCGGUGAAAUCGUUCUUGGAGGUUCAUCUGGAUGACUUGCACAGAAGCGAGGAUACAGCCAAGGCCGGGUGA